AGUAGUGCGAAACAUACGAAAACGGAAACAUCAAAAGUGUCCGAACAAUGUAAAAUUUGAAUACGUCAUCCCGCCACCACUCUUCGGUUGACCACAACUGCAGAAUGAAGAUAGAAUUUGCAUUCGGUUUUGAAAUUUUACGCACGUACCCUCUGAAAUUGCACCAUGAAGGGUUACGGAACGUCAUUCCAUUCAUUUAAAAUAUGAUCAUCUAAUACUCGAGUGGCAAGUAAAGUUUCGUUUCUCUUUGAUGUGUGCUUAAGUUUAUUGUCAGUUUGAGAAGAGAAUACAAAAACAAAACUACAAUACAAUGAUCGUCCGAUCACCAUUCGUGGUUUUGCGAAACGAUAACGAUUAUUUCAUAUAUUUUAUUACCCUCACUGUCGGGAUAAAAAAGCGAGGAGUGGCGCCUCGAUCGAACGUAUCGUACCUAAGUGUUUGUCAAAUAAACCAAGUUGCCGCCACCGAUCCGGGUGUGUGUAUGAGAGAGUUGAGAAAAAAACCCACAACCCAUACCCUCACAACCCAUACCCCUACUGUGGCACACAGGCCACAGUAAUAACAAUUUAAACGUACAAUCAUGGCAAAUGGGCACGGUGGUGCCCGGGUGCACUUGUGGCGGUACGGAAGGAUGCAGUAACACUCUUGAUUAAUUAAUCAAUUGAACGAACGGCGACCGUAGUCUGCAGGUUCGCGGAGUAGAAGCAACACUCACUCGCUGUGGCGGUUGGUUAGUUGCAGUGUCUGCGUGAACGGUGAAUGGAUUUGUCCUGUGACCGUGGCGUUAAAGAUACUGAGAAAACUGGAGACAUUUCAAAGCAAACAAAACUCAAUGCAAAACUCAAAAAGUACAAACAAACAAGUGUGCGUCCAGUGUGGUAUUCGUAUGUGAUCCAUUUUUCAUAGUGACAGUUUGUCAAACUUUCAGGUUUGGGCCAUGCUAAUGGACACAUCGUUUCCGGUGAGCCAGCAGCUUACCGCUUGUGCUCUUGUGUGGUGGUGGUGUGUUCGUGUCUGUUUUCGCAUUCGCGCUGAAAGUGUGUCAUUCAAUCUUAGCUGUUCGAGUUUUGCAUUUUGACUUCGUUGUCGUUUUACUUAGGAGUAAAGUAAUUAUAAACGCAUGCCACGCAAACUCCCUCAAAGUGCAGGCUGCAGAUCGCAAUAGUGGUGCGUGAAUAAAUGAGCGAUAUUUAAAAUGUGUUACAAAAAAACGGGACUGCAUUCUCAGAGUGCGAAAUAAACGCGAAGAAGACAGCACCGUAGCGUGGUGAUGAAAGAGAGCAAACAAAAGUGUCGUGAAAGUAUUCUACCGCGCAUCGAGGGGCAGUGCAAUGUGCAGCGUACUGGAAAGGCGUCCCUUCGUAUCGUGAUGCUGCCAGAGGGAAAGGGUUUCAACCUGCACAUAGUCUUUAUAGACCGUGACGUCGGCUGUGGUUCUGUGAGCUGAAAGCUGAUCAUUUUACGUGAAACAAAUAUUCAAAUAUGCAAUCCGUGCGGUGAAACGUUCAAUCGUGUGUGUGUGUGUUUCUGUGUGAUCGUUUGUGUGUGUGUGUGCGUGUCUUGAUUCGUUAAAUCAUCGAUAAAAGUUGUAUCAAAACCACGAGCAGCUCGCAUUGGAUCGACAUCCUUUCUACUCCUUUUGCUUUUGGCUUCGUUCGUUUGGGCGCGCAUUCGUUGGACAUCCUGUGUUUUGCAUCAAAAUUGCCCGCCAGCGGCUUGUGACGGGGUGUGUGACGUGCGCACCGUGGUGACCUCAUACCCUUGCCAGUGUACGUAUUCCCCUCCCCGGAGACGCGAUGGCGCGAUCGAUGUUAAUAUGCUGGCGUUAUCGGUUGGCCAUUGUUUGUGGAUUAUUGCUGUUCCGGUGCGAGCAGCUGCAGGCUUAUGCUAAUCAACAUCCACCACUAUCAUCGCCGGCGACACAGCAGGGUGAAGCUGGUGGCAGUUCGAUCGGAGCUGCCGGAAACGGUGCCGACACGAGUGGAUUUGAAGCGAGCGAUGUGUUCCGAUGCUGUGCCGAGGUUCAGGGAUCUUGCAAGGCGGCCUGCGAGAAUCUAUCGCUGGCACGCAUCGCCUCCGAACCAGGCUCCCGGGAGGCCAAGCUGCUGGACGUGCGCAAGUACUGCCCCCGGCAGCAGGUCCCCUUCUGGCAGUGCAUGAACGAAACGAUGGCAGCGGUCCAGCGGGGAGCCAGCUGGCCGGGGCGCAUCUGCUGUCCGCUGGCGAUGUCCGUCAGGUGUCAGCACGUGUGCGCUACGGGGUCAUCGCAGGACGAUCUACGGACGGGCUGUCGGGCGAGUGAUGAACAGCAGCUGUACGGCUGCCUCAAGCGCCAGGAGGACGGCCAUCGGUGCUGCAGCAGUGCCCGCACCGCCGAAUGUCUUGACGCGUGCGGACAAGUGUUCCAGCGCUACCAGACCCCUUCGAAGGCGUUGCGCGAACGGGUACUGACGGGUUGUCGCACCAACAACAGUAACGUGAUGCAGUGCAUCAAGGGAUUCAUCGAUGUGACCUUCAACCGGAACCUGAAGCGAUAUGUGCCGUGCUGUGAUGCAUCGCCGGAACCAAAGUGUCGCCGGGUCUGUCACGAGACACUCACUGCCGGCGGUUCCGACACCGACCCGUACACGGUGGAGGAAAUGAUCGAUCUGCUGCAGCACCGGGGCGGAUGUGGCGCACUGAUGCCAACGCUGCCGCUGUGGAAAUGUUUCCUGGAGGCCGACAAGCAACGGUCCGCCGGUCAGCAGGCCAACUCGAACGAGGUGUCACGUAUCAACCAGAUUGGUAUGGAUUCGGCCAAGCAGCACUGCUGUCUGAAGGCCGAAUCGGUCCGAUGUCGGCGCCUCUGCUCCACGACGUACGCGAACGAGUGGACGACGAAUUUGGUUGACUUUGAGCAGGAAUGUUUGGCGGCACCGGAAGAACACGCCCUUCGGCAGUGCAUCGACGAAGUCGACGAACCGUGCGAGCUGGGCUGCGAUGGGCUGUCGUUCUGCAGCAACUUCAACAACCGGCCAACGGAGCUGUUCCGCAGCUGCCGGCAGCAGUCGGACAUGGCCGCCCGGAGCGACGUGCAGCAGUGGCGCCAGCAGGGCUUCCUUCCCUUCCCGGGCAACAUGCUGCUGCCGAUGCGCAACGAGACCGAGUGUUCGUACGAGAUCUGGAAGUCGAUCGCCUGCACGCUGCAGAUCAAACCGUGCACCAAGGGCUACCACACGAACCACAUCUGCCGGCAGGACUGCUACGAGGUGCUACGGAACUGCGUCGACUGGGAGCGAAUACCGGGCGGCCAUACGGUGUCGUCGCUCUGCCAGCAGCUCGCACCCCAGAACAACUCGCUGCCCUGCAUCUCGAUGGGACGGUUCCAGCCGCACGGUUUUGGGGCGGCCGGAAUGGACGCGGACCGGGAGCGCAUCAUAGCGGACGUAACGCUCGUGUCACCAUGCAAGGGUAAUCCUUGUAAUGCGACACAGAUCUGUGUUGCCAAUCGCGAUGGUACAUUUGGUUAUCGCUGCGUUAACGGAUGUCCACUGGGGGAGGCUUCGUCGUACCUUGUGCCGGUUGGAGCGUUCGUGCGUAUUCCGGUGUCGGUCACGCAGAAAGGUUGCCUUAAAGUGUGCCGCUGUGGUGAGUCGGGUCGGAUUGAAAAGUGUCAACCACUGCCGUGUAUUAGCUACGAUUCGUGUACGCUGGCGGGGAAGCGGUUCGCGCAUCUGACGCACUUCUACGUCGAGUGCAACGUGUGCAGUUGUUUCGCGGAGGAGAUUACUUGCACCAAGCGACAGUGUCAUGUGCCAGGGCUGACGGUCGAUCGAUCGUUCACCAGCUUGCCGUGCAACUGUCCGGCGCACUAUGUGCCGGUGUGUGGACGCAACGGCAACACGUACCCGUCGGCCUGUGUUGCCAAGUGUGCCGGCAUACAGGAGGGUGACAUCGAGUUUGGACCGUGCCGGGCGCGAAACCCGUGCGAUCAGGUCGACUGUGGGCCGCUGUCCGUGUGUCUGCCCGACUGGAACGUGUGCCUGUCCGGGAUGCAUAAACCCUGCCCACAGUAUCGAUGUGUCAAUCUUACCUCCACGAACUGCUCCACCAUCACCGACAUCCGUGACACGAGCCUGGGCUACCAUGCGAACCUCUGCAGCAUGGCAUUCGAACGAGCCUCGUACGCGUAUCAGGAGAAGUACCGCAAGGUCUGCGAAACCUCGCGCCGCCGUAGUCAGGUGUGCGGCGUGAACGGUGUCACCUAUCGGAGCGAAUGUGAAGCGUGGAGCGAUUACUCCACCGUCGACUACAACGGACCGUGCCAGGAGGUGGGCCUGAUCAGCCCCACGCUCGAUGCCCGCUGCUCGUCGAUCAAGUGUCCGCGGCGAAAGCUGACGAACUGUAAUCCGGUGCUGCCACCCGGUGCCUGCUGUCCGGUGUGCGGCACCGCCCUGCGCAUCGUGUACUCGCGCAAACAGAUCGAUCGUGGCCUCUACGCACUGAAGGGUCAGUCGACGGAGUAUCUUACGCUCAAGUCGAUCUUACGCUCCCUGGAAGCGCUCCUGCAGACGGUCGAAUGUCGGCUGAGCGGUCAGCUAACGUUCGAAAACGAUCUGUAUGUGGUGCUGGAAACGUUGAGCCGAAAUCCGUCCCGCCUGCAGACAGAAAUUUGUGCGCGGGAAGCGGAACGGCUCGUGACACUGGUGCGCACGCAGAGCCAUCGGAUCACGAGCGAGCUGAACCUGAGCGCACUAACGGUGGCGACACUGGUGACCGAACCGAGCGGUGCCAGUCGCUUGUACAGUAGGGUAAUAGCAGGUUUAGUUGUAACGAUAGUAAGCUAUCUGGUCGGUGCCACAUCAUGGCAGUCGCGACUGUGAGUUUAGUGAAUUCGCACGUGCCAAACUAGGGUGUAGGGAUGGGAGGGAAAUCAGGGAUAGAACACACCAAAAGCGUUUGGUUCCAUCACUGAAAAAGCCACCAAACUGUGAUGCUAGUUCGUAGGUAGCGUAGGAGUACGGGAGCUAGACGGGGGACGUUAGCAUUAUGACCGGUUGAUUCGUUCGUCGUUCGCCAAAGCAAAAAAACAACAAGCAGCAAUCAUUGUCUAGUCUAAGCUUAGCAGAAUUCAUCACUCGUUUGUAAGGAACGAUGCCGCAACGCCAUAUAAUUUAACGAUACUUUCCUAA